GCGUCAUAAACUAAUACAGGAACAAAGAGGUUAUUGUAUCAACCACAUGGUGCGUGUGUACGUGUAUCUAAAAGAAAGUUGUGCUGCUGAAUUCAAGAAUGAAAGUCAAGGAACUGUCCCGCAUAGCUAACGUGGCAUGGAGCCCUUCGUCUCUCAACAAGAUUCACCUGGCUUGUGGCACUGUAGCUCAGCAACUGGAUGCCACGUUCAGCACUAAUGCCAAGCUGGAGGUGUUUGAUCUGGAUCUUGCUACCUCUGGACUGGAAAUGCCACUAGUAGGAGCAGUUGACUCUCCACAGAGGUUUCACAAGAUAGUGUGGAGUGGUCAUAUGACGGAUGAGCCCAGUGGACUCAUCAUUGGAGGCUCUGAUAAUGGAUUACUGACAGUGUGGAGCGCUGCAAAAGUAGCCGCAAGUUCAUCGGACGAUGCUCUCGUUCAUCAGACCUCACAACACACUGGAGCAGUCCGUACUUUAGACGUUAACCCUUUCCAACCUAACCUCCUCGUCUCGGGCGCUGGAGAGUCGGAGAUCUUCAUCUGGGACCUGAACAAUCUGACCACACCCAUGAGUCCAGGAAACAAGAUCCACCCCCUCGAGGACAUCAGUGGCGUCGCUUGGAACAGACAGGUACAACACAUUAUGGCGUCUACGUGCCCUGGGGGCAAGUCGGUGGUGUGGGACCUUCGUAAGAACGAGCCCAUCAUCCAGGUGACUGACUCGAGCUCCAAGGUGCGCUGCAGUGGCAUUGCCUGGCACCCUGACAUUGCCACUCAAAUGGUCACCGCCUCCAGUGACGACAGGGCACCCAUUAUUCAGAUGUGGGAUCUUCGGUUUGCCACUGCCCCUAUGAGAGUGUUGGAGGCCCACUCCCGAGGAGUGCUGUCUGUUGCCUGGUGUCAGCAAGACUCUGAUCUCCUCCUCUCAGCAGCCAAGGACAACCAGGUCCUCUGCUGGAACCCUAACACGGACCAGCCAGGGGGAGAGGUGGUGUAUGAACUGCCUGGGACGUCUCAGUGGAUAUUCGAGUGUGGAUGGUGCCCUCGCAAUCCUGCCAUCAUCAGCACCGCCUCCUUUGAUGGUCAUGUGACUAUGUACUCCCUACUUGGUGGAGGGGGCGUGUCCAAUGAAGUGGAUCAAGCCCCUCCUACAAAAGUGGACGCUGACGACGUAUUUGCUGGACUAGCAUCGGCCGCUCGCGCCCAGUCUGUUGCCAAAGAGAUAGCCCCCCUCAAGAUCCCCCCUAAGUGGCUGAGAAGGCCGUGUGGAGCCCGCUUUUCCUUUGGUGGUAAGCUGGUAUCGUUUGGCAACACGAGAGGACCCAACACUCGGAAGGUGGUAAAUCUGAGCCAGGUGGUGACUGAGCAUGAGCUGGUGCAAAGGUCAAACAGUCUAGAACAAUCGUUGUCACAGCAACAGUUCGGGGAGUUUUGUGAGAAUAAAUCACAAGACAGCUCCAGCGAAUAUGAAAAAAACCUCUGGAACUUUUUAAAGGUGACCUUUGAUAAUGAGCCACGUCGCCAGUACCUACGGUUGUUGGGAUACGAUACUGAUGAGCUGGCUAAAAAGUUCUCCACCUGGACCAAGAUAAGUGGGGGGUCGUCCCUACAGUCUGCAGGGGGUCUAGAUGUUAACGAGCUCUCUCAGAAGCUGGCCACCAUCCCCUUGGAGGGGGUGGAGCCUAGUGAUACCUCCUCCACUGCCCCCAUGUUCGGCUCUGAGGUGGACGAGACUGUGUUUGAUGGUCUCUCCAAUGACCCGUCUGCCCAACAUUCUAAGAGGGCCUCCACCACCACCUCCGUCCCCCAGGGGGUCACCCCACCCCCUACCAUCAUCAUUCCUGACUUCUCCAUACCAACCAACUCUGACACUGAUGGCAUGCUGUCCAAGGCUCUUCUGGUAGGCAACUUUGAGGCUGCUGUGGACAUUUGUGUCAGUGUGGACAGAAUGGCUGAUGCUCUCCUUUUAGCAGUGGCCGGAGGAUCUGAUCUGCUCAAGAGGACACAGCAAGUCUACUUCCAGAAGAACCAGAACAAGGUGUCCAAGCUGAUAUCAGCUGUGAUUGGUCGUAACUGGACUGAGUUGGCACGAACUGCUAGUCUGGACAACUGGAGAGAGAUCCUCGCAGCACUUGUGACAUACGCUGGUCCAGAGGAGUUUGCCUCCCUCUGUGAUCUCCUUGGUGACCGAUUGGAGAGGGAGAUGGACGGGGCCUAUAAAGACAACGCUGCUCUCUGCUAUAUCUGCUCUGGGAAUGUGGACAAGUUUGUCCAGUGUUGGUCAGCUACUUCUGGUGGAGGCAAUGGUAUGGCUCUGCAGGACCUUGUGGAGAAGGUGGUGAUCCUACGCAAGGCUGUAGAGAGGGAGAGGAGACAACACACCACACCCACCAGCCAGGCCCUCGGCUCUAGAAUGAUGGAGUACUCCAGUCUCCUAGCAUCUCAAGGCUCGCUAGAGAUAGCGCUCAGGUACCUGCAGGAGAGCGGAGAAGCUCAGAACUCUUGUGCUGUGCUCUACGAUCGGCUGUACAAGGCGCAGAGGUCAAACUUGUCUCCGGCUCCAAAGUUUCCCUUCCCGUCUGUCAAUGUUUCCCCUCUUCAGCCAGUCUCUAAGUUAACCCCUUCUGAGCCAAAGCCAUCAAGCAAUCCAGCCACCAUGAGGUUAACUUCUGAGGCCAAUAACUCGUACAACACUGCACUAGGUCAACCGGGCCCUUCAGUAAGUCAGCCUGGCUUUGUUAAUCGCCAAGUCCCAACUAACCCUCCCAUCACUCAACCAAUGUAUAUGGCCUACCAAGGAGGGUUAUAUAACCCAGCAAGUGUGGUCUCAUCAGCGCCCCCUCAAGUUUCUCCACCCUCUCAGCCGGUGAUGGACCAGUACAACACUGACACUGCUGCCACCUGGAACGAUCCCCCUGCCCUCAAAACUAGGAAACCCCCCGGCUCUGUCCCUGGUCUAGCCCCGAUAAUGGCCCCGAUAAUGGCUCCUGUGAUGGCCCCCAUAGCCAACCCUGUGCAGCAGCCCCUCCCACAUUCUCCACCCACUCCACAGGACCUGCACCCCCCACAACCAUCACCAGUGCAGCCAACUCCUCCUCCCCCGGCUGUAGAGAAGGCUCCCAUUCCCCAAGAGCAUGUUCCCAUGGUGCAAGCAUUUGAGGGCAUGUUGGAGAGAUGCAGAGCUGCAGCUGCCAGCACUGCUGUGAAAAGGAAGCUAGACGACAUUUCAAAGAAGCUAGCCAUUCUCUGUGACCUGCUAAGAGCUUCUCAGCUGUCUCUUGAUGUACUGCAAGGUCUUCACGGAAUAGCUCAUGAUGUCCAGAGUCUCAACUACCCCUCAGGGCUGGCUAGAUACACACAGAUGGUGUCUGCGGGCAAUUUCUCCGAAAUCAGCAGCUUCAUGCCGGGUCUCAAGGCUCUCCUCCAGCUGGGCUCCCAGCUCAGGGUCUAGCCACCUGUAUAGAGGGACAGUGGAACUGUAAUAGUGCUGUGUUAUAUGAAUCAAUGAACUGAACAAUAAUUUAAUGUAUUGUACAUUCUACUUUCUAUCUCAGAAAUAGUUUUGAGAUUAUUAUUUUGUGCAACUAGAGGAAUCAAUGAAGAUACUAAUAUUAUCAACA